AUGGGGUGCUUCAAUUCUAAGCCAAAUGAUGCUGGUGCAAUCAGAAGAAGACCUGGGAACAUAGGUGAGGUUGCUGUGUUUAUACCUGGAUUGCGGGUUCCUGAGAGUUUGGAGCUAUCUCAGCCGCUAGGCGAUGGCCACCUGAGGAGGCUGACUGAACGUUUGGCUGCGUUGAGGAGCCGAAUAGUGGUCAUGGCUGCUCAUGAGGCAUUGUCGGUGACUAGGCCCAGGAAGCGCACCUUCACACAGCAUGGAGGAUCUACAUCAGCUGAUCUUCUGCAGGCUUUGGAAGAUUACUUGCCAGUUCUUCUUGGACUGGUAAAAGAGGGGAGCAACUUGGAAGAUAAGAUACAGUUUUCCUGGAUGAACCAAGAGGAUGAUGCAGAGGAGACGGCAUUGCCCAGUUCUUGGUAUGAGGUGUUGUCAGUUUUGCACAUGAUGGCUAUGCUGCGUUUAUCUCAAGCAAAUUCCCUGCUUCUUCCAAAGACAUCACUUGAGGGUUACCAUGCUAAAGUAUCUGAAGAUAACAAACGUGCUUCCAUUGAAAUAUUUCUCAAGGCAUCUGGGUUCUUGGAGUGUGCUAUCCAACAUGUUCUUCCUAGGAUAUCCCCAGAAAAUAGGAAAGGUCUUCCUGUAGACUUAUCUGAAGGAGUCCUGAAAGCGAUCUGCAUGCAAGCUCUGGGUCAAGCAAUUGAUGUCCAACUUGGGUUGGCAAUUGACAGUCCAAAGGCUACCCUAGCAGUGAAAAGGAGGUUAGCAUGUGAGAUGGUCAAGUGCUGGCAACAGGCACAUGAAAGUAUGGCGGAUUUACCUCUGAUUGAUAGCUGGGGCGAGAAGCACAGGCUCUUUGUGACGUGGAAGUAUAUUGAAGCAAAAGCUGCAGCAUACUAUUAUCAUGGUCUUAUCCUUGACGAAGGCAACACGGAGAAAUCCCACAGGAUGGCCGUGGCAGCAUUGCAAUCUGCAGAGGAGUUUCUCAAGGAGAGCAAAGAUGCGGCGGAAGCCUUCCACGCAGCACCUCCUGUUUCAAGAAGCCCGCCUGCUUGUGGAUCGAUGAAGUAUCUCCAUGAGAAGAUCCAGAAGGACUCGUCCUGCAAAGUUCGCAUCAACAAGGACCUCUACAGCAACGACAGCAUCCGUGAGGCCGUGCCGGCGCUGCCAGAUUUCGCGGUGGCUCUGAAGCCCGAGGAGUACCGGCUCCCUGCUGUGACGGGCGAUAUCCUAUUUUUACACAUGAAUAAGGAACCUAUCGGCACAAGAGAAAUAAUUGUUUUCAAUGUUGAGGGCCGUGAUAUUCCAAUUGUCCAUCGUGUGAUCAAGGUUCAUGAACGCCAUGAUACAACCGAAUUUGAUAUUCUCACAAAAGGUGACAAUAACCGUGAGGAUGACCGAAUGGGAAUGCUGUGUGCAAAUGGGCAGCUUUGGCUUCAGCGACAGCACAUUAUUGGACGGGCUGUUGGCUAUCUGCCUUAUGCUGGGUGGCUUACAAUCGCCAUGACGGAGAAACCAGUCCUCAAGUAUCUGCUAGUUGGUGCACUGGGGCUGCUGGUGGUAGCAUCCAAGGAGUGA